GCUGGGCUGGCAUUGGACAGGGAGCUUUUCCUUGGAGCUCUGCCAGUUCCCAGUUUAAGUCAGGUCUGUCCUGUUACAAGACCAGAGGGAGACACCAGCUCACGGAGCCACUGGCAGGAAGACGGUUCAGAAAGGAAAACUCAUGGAUCUCACAAGCACCGUCAUCAUCCCGCUGCUUGUGGGCAGCCUGGGGGUCUUUGCGGUUUUCCGGCUGCUGCAGUGGAUGCGGAUGCGGGCCCACCUGCAGAAGGCUGUGGUGGUCAUCACGGGGGCCACCUCUGGCCUGGGAAAAGAAUGUGCAAAAGCUUUCCAUGCAGCUGGCUCCAAGCUGGUGCUCUGUGGCAGAGACAGUGAGAAACUCAAAGACCUGGUGCAGGAGCUUUCUACCAUGACCAACCACCGAAAGAACGCCCACAAACCUCACACUGUGGUGUUUGACCUCUCGGACACUAAAACUGUCCUCAGUGCUGCUGAAGAGAUCCUGAAGUACCUGGGACAUGUGGACAUACUGAUCAACAAUGCAGGCAUCAGCUUCCGAGGCACUAUUGUGGACACGGGGCUGGAUGUGGACAAGAGAGUGAUGGAAACUAAUUAUUUUGGUCCUGUAGCCCUCACCAAAGCCCUUCUCCCCUCCAUGAUCAAGAGGAGACAAGGCCACAUUGUGGCCAUCAGCAGCGUUCAAGGCAAAAUAAGCAUUCCUUUCAGAUCUGCCUAUGCUGCCUCUAAGCAUGCUACCCAGGCCUUCUUUGACUGUCUUCGAGCAGAGGUGGAGCAGUAUGACAUUGAUGUGACAGUUAUAAGCCCUGGCUACAUUCAGACAAACCUUUCCCUCAAUGCUGUGACAGCAGAUGGAUCUCGCUAUGGAGUGAUGGACAAGACCACGGCUGAAGGACAGACAGCUGCAGAGGUGGCUCAGGUGGUUCUCAGUGCAGUGGGACAGAAGAAGAAGGAGGUACUUGUGGCUGGGCUCACCCCCUGCCUGGCUGUCUACCUGCGGAACCUCUGCCCCAGGCUCUUCUUCACCUUAAUGGCCACUAGAGCAAAGAAGGAGAGAAAAGCAAAGGGCUCUUAGAGCUCAGCUCAUCCAGCAGUAACUGUAGGGAGAGGCUGAGCCCCUGCAGUUUGGCUGGGACAUCACUGGAGGUGUUCCUGCAGGAACAACCUUUCUCAAAAUGCUGGAAUUUACCUUUGCAUGGAGGGUGGGAAGCAGUUUCCCCCACAUCAGGGCAGGCCCACUUGCUGGAAGACAACACCUGACUUCACCUGAGGUGACAAGAAGGCUGGGGCAAAUGGGGAGAGCUAAGGCUGCAGGGGAGGGUAACUCAUGGGAACACUUUGCAGCAGGGGAGGCCCGUGUGCUGGAAGACAGCACCUCACUCCAGCUCAGCUUUCCCGGCCUGCUACAAAUAAAACCCACCUGGUUUGUCCUCAGAUGAGCAGUUCUUGGCUUUCCCCACCCAGUGGCCCCUUGUGCAAUCCAGGCCCCAGCUGGGAGCUCCUGUGAUCAGUGUCUCCUUCCCACUCCUCCCAGUCUGAUCUAGAACAUGUUGCUUGAAAUGGGAAGGUUCCCAGAGCCUCUGCUUGUUAACAUGCCAGAUCAGCUGAUACAAAAAGCUCAAGUCCAGAGCCACUUUCAGAGAAGUAACUGAUGUCAAAUGUAGGUUUUAUUUGUCAGUUACUUUAUCUGCCUGAAUGCUGCCUUACUGACAUCCAGGGGCGUUUAACUGCACUACCUGGCAGUGCAGUGUGAGCCCAGCAGAGGCUCCUGCAGGGAAGCACUGAACACACAGGGCACAGCAGGGUGUGCUGUUGGGUGUAAGCACUGAGCAGCUGGGAGCAGCACACCUGGGCCACCUGCAGCACAGGGUGGGUGCUGAGCACACUGUUUCCUGGCAAGCUGAGGAGAGUCUGUGUGAGUAAGGUGGGUAUUAUAGGAGACAGACCCUCAGUUCUCAUCUGUUUCAAAGCUAAUUAGGAUCACAUCCAAUGGGAGCAAUGGGGGAAUGAUACCUGCCUGUUCAGCAAGCCUGACAGCCUGAGGGUGUGCCCUGUGCCGGUCACCCCUUCUGAUGUGAGGGAUACCAGCACCACUAGGGAAGAGGAGCAGCUGCACAGAGAUGGUUCAGUAAGGACAGAAAUAAUAUUUUUAAACUUGUAAUUGAAUUAAAGCCUACUAAGAGGAACUGAGGUCCAGACCCCUGCUGCCACCUCCAUGCACUUGCCAGCAUUCUCCAUGUGUACUGCCUUGUAUGUCCUGCCUGUGAAUGCACAUCUGAUGACAAAUAAAUUAUAUUGCUAUGAA